AUGUGGGGAUCUGACGGCGAAUUUUUCUACUGGACUGACAGGCCCACUGAGUUGAUGCCUCAUCAAACUGAGGCUCAAGUUCAGGGAGAUGGUGGUGGCGUUGUUUUCUGGGGCAUGAUAACAGCGGAGGAUCCCAGCUAUGGUUCCACCAUUACCGAAGGAACUGUUAACUCAGAAGUUUAUGCUGAAAUUCUGGACUCAUCUUUGCUAGACACUAUCGAGUACUAUGGGCUGGACAAGAAAACGUUUAGAUUCCAGCAAGAUAACGCAAGACCACAUACUUCUGGUCCCAUUAAAAAAUGGUUCACGCAUCACGGAUUCUCUGUUCAAAAUGUUCUUGAUUGGCCUCCCCCCAAAGCCCUGACCUAA